AAAAAAACAAAAACGAAUUCUUUUUUUUUUUUCACAGACGAGAUAAUCUCCGUCCUGAGAAUGGAGAGAUCUACGCUCAAACGAACAUCGAGUUUUCCGGAUCCUGAGCCUGCUAAGGCCCUGCGUUCGACUUUGAUCCUGCGGCCAAAAUUCGGAUCUCCAUUGCUGAUGCUGAUUGCAGAAGAGGAUGGUUGUCGUAUCUACAACCCAGAAGAUGGUAUGGUCUACGAGACGAAGAGUGACUUUUCAGGGUAUCAAUUCCUGGGAAGCUCAGAUCUGAGAGGUCGUUUGUGGGUAGACGACAAGAAUGGAAACUACGUUGUUGUGUGGCAAUUUGAAAUGAACGGAUAUAUAGGGUUUUGCAGGAAAGGGGAUGAUCAUUACCGCGAGAUUUCAACAUGGGUCGGUGUUCAGAGGGAGUUACGAGGUCUAUACGAUAUGGUACUUAAAGGUUACAAUCUUUACGUCUUUGCCACCCGUGAGUUCAUUCGACACUUGGAUUUGUCUGGACAAGAUGAAGAUGGUUUCAAGGAUGUGUCCGAAAAACAUAAGCUUCCAAUGUGGAGGCCACGUCUGAGUAUGGAUGAACUUAAAAGAAUCAAGAAAAAUAAGGUACCUCUGAAAGGCAUAGGAUGUUCCACUUGUACAAGAGGGAUCCUAAAGAUCUUGACCCGGAUACAUAUAUACGACACCCGACUUGUUGAGAACGCUUUCUCAAUCUUAUCAAAAGACGAGAUAGUCUCCGUCCUGAUAAUGGAGAGAUGUACGCUCAAACGACAACUGAGUAGUCCGGAUCUUGAGCCUGCGAAGGCCCUGCGUUCGACGUUGAUUCCACAGCCAAAAGCCGGAUCUCCUUUGCUGAUACUGUCUACAGAAAAAGAUGGUUAUCGUCUGUGCAACCCAGCCGAUGAAAGGGUGGUUUACGAGACGAAGAGUGACCUUUCAGGCGAGGAGAGGAUCGAUCUUCCACCACUAGAAUCAUUGAAAGGUAGCCUUUAUAAGAUUGAGCGAGUAGGAGAGAAGAAAGUCAGGAAUAUAUUAUACAGUGAUUUAUCUCCUGGGGAUCCUCAUACUGCCGAAGAUCUGAGAGGUCGUUUGUGGGUAGGCGACAACAAGGAAGACUACGUUGUUGUGUGGCAUUUUGAAAUGAACGACUUUCUAGGGUUUUGCAAGAAAGGGGAUGAUCAUUACCGCGAGAUCUUAACAAGGACCGGUGUUCGCAGGGAGUUACGCGGUGUAAAAGAUAUGGUACUUAAAGGUUACAGUCUUUACGUCCUUGCCAUCCGUGACUUCAUUCGACACUUGGAUUUGUCUGGACAUGGUGAAGAUGGUAUCAAGGAUGUGUCCGAGAACCAUAAGCUUCCAAUGUGGAUGCCAAGUCUGAGUGUGGAUGAACAAGUAAGAGUCAACAUAGAUAAGAUCAGCUCAUCUAGUGAAAGCAUUGCUGUUACAAGAUCAGGUCAGGUUUUGAUUGUCUGUUCUUACGAGUUAGGUAACUCUGAAGUGCAUAGGAUGUUCCACGUGUACAAGAGAGAUCCUAAAGAUCUUGACCCGAAGACCUACUUAACCCAGCUUCUUGAGGUACAUUCUCUAGGUGAUGAGGCCCUCUUUCUCGAUUUGGGAACCACCGUGCCUGCUGACCAUACCCGUGGUAUUGAGCCUAACUCCAUCUACUUCACCCGUGGUGAUCGUAUCCGUCACAGGAAUCCUUCACGCCCCGACAUCUGUGUCUUCAGUCUUACAACAAACACCAUCAAACGCUUCCUUACUCUCUCCAACUUAAACGUCAAGGAUGCUCAAUGGUUUCUUUCCUCUUGAUUCUUGCCUUCCUCAUGGUUUCUCCCUCGGCCUUGCUCUGUUAACUGUCAUCUUAUAAAUAAAUUCCGAAAUAUAAAAAGUUCAUAGUAGU